CCUUUGGACUAUAUUUAAGUUCCUGUAUUCGCCGCAUUUGGUGCUGCAGUGAGUACUUCAAGAUGGCGGCAUUCUUGGAGGAUAUUCUGUGCCGGCUUCUCGUUCCCGAUAAUGCAGUAAUAGUUCAGGCGACGAGAGAACUUCAAGAGGCCUACAAAGAUCCCAAUAUUGUUGAACACCUUUACAAUGCACUUUGCAUGUCGCAGAAUGCUCAGGUCCGCCAGUAUUCAGCAGUGCUGCUCAGAAAGAAGGUACUCAAAAGCAAAGUAUGGAAGAAGCUUCCGGUGGAAACUCGAACCAUAUUGAAAGCGAAUAUUCUUCAACGGCUUACAAUUGAAAAAGAAAAACCUGUCCUGACAGCUCUGGGUCAGCUUGUGGCCACCAUUGCAAAGAAUGAGUGUCAGUCAUCAGCCCAAUGGUCAGAGCUGCAGCAGUUCUUAAAUAUUACUACACACAGCAAAAAUGUUGAAGAAUGUCAGUUGGGCUUCUAUAUGGUUAGUCUAGUGGCUUCUGUUGCACCAGAAAUGUUUGCUCCACAUCUGAAACCGCUUUUCAACCUCUUUGGCACCUGCCUGCAAAGCACAUCUGAUCAAGAAGUUUGUUUUCGUGUGAUCAAAUCAAUGACUGCACUCGUAAACUCACUUGGGAGUGAUGAAGUUAACUGCUUUCAAGCUCUGAUUCCUGUUGCCAUGGAAGUUAUUAAGAAGUUAGGAGAAGUUGAUGAAGACAAAGCAACUGAAGCAAUGGAGCUGUUUGAUGAGUUGAUUGGAUCGGAAAUUGCAAUCCUUUUGCCUCAUAUCAAGCCUUUGGUCAAACUUUGCAUAGACGUCGCAAGAAAUCGGAAAUUCGGAAAUUUAUUUCGUGUUCGAUCCAUGUGCCUUCUCAGUUGGCUGAUUAGCAUCAAGAAAAAGACCAUCAUCAAGCAUAAAUUGAUUCCUGAGCUGUUGGAAAUACUCUUCCCAAUUAUGAGUGAAGUAUCUCAAGAUGGAGAACUAGAAGAUGAUGAAGAUGAUGCUGAUGAAAACAGAAGUUCGCAACUUCCUUCUGCAUGUGCUGCUCAGGUUAUUGAUGUCAUGGCUUUGCACCUGCCUCCGGAGAAACUUCUUCCUCCUCUUAUCCAACUUAUUGAGAAAUACUUGGUAAGCAAUGAUCCAUUCCACAAGAAAGCAGCCUACCUAGCCAUUGCAGUGGUUGCUGAAGGGUGUUCAGAAGCCAUCCGACAAAAGCACAUGCAGGCAUUUCUGCACAUCAUCUGUCAAGGAAUUCGUGAUCCUGAUCUGCAUGUCAAGAACUCUGCCUUAUUUGCAUUGGGCCAAUUUGCUGACUACCUUCAGCCAGACAUAGGAAAAUAUGCAAGUGAUGUUCUGCCUAUGCUAUUCAACUACCUGUCGGAGACAGCUGAACACCUAAAAUUGAAAGGGAAAAACCCGCCAAGUCUGUCAAAGACGUUUUAUGCUUUGGAAACAUUCUGUGAAACGUUAGAGCACGACCUAGUUCCCUAUCUUCCAUCACUUAUGGAGCAGCUGUUUGCUUUCCUUGACUCUCCUACACACCGUGCCAAAGAGCUUGCUGUUAGUGCAAUAGGAGCUGCAGCAAAUGCUACAAAAGAAGCAAUGUUGCCUUAUUUCGCUCAAAUCCUCCAGAAGCUCGAGAAAUACCUGACAGAACAGCAGUCUGAACAAGACUCAGUUAUCCGCACACAGGCAAUAGAUACAUUGGGUUGUUUAGCAAGGACGAUUGGAAAUGAAAAUUUCCGACCAAUGGCAACUGAGUGCGUUCAGUUAAGCAUGCGAUUGAUAGAUGCUGUUGAUGACCCUGACCUGAGACGUAGCACGUAUGGCCUUCUUGCGUCUCUGUCAUCAGUACUGAAAGAAGACAUGGCCCCAUACAUGGAGCGCAUUGUAGAGCAUAUGUUUAAUUCCUUGAAGUCGACAGAAGGUGUGGUGACACAUGUGGAUGAAGGAUGUGGACCUGCAUUUCCACAGUUUGAUGAUCUGGAAGAAAGUGAAGAUGAUGAAACAUCCCUAGAAACUGAAUCUGAUGGGGAUAAUUGUGAUGAAGAUGGUCAAGGGUUUAGCGUAGAGAAUGCAUAUGUGGAUGAGAAGGAAGAUACCUGUGUUGCCCUGCGUGAGAUUGCCAGUAACAUGGGCCUGCCAUUUGAGCCUUAUCUGGAGAAAGCCUUCACUGAAGUCCUUGCGAUGACGGAUUAUCCAAAUGCUGAUGUGCAGAAAGCAGCAUUUUCAGCUCUCGGCGAGUUUACCAUUCUGCUCUUUCAGUGUGCUACCAAAGCAGGCUCUGCGGAACGGGUGCAAGAUGUGAGGAAAGCAAUAAGUAUCUUACUUCCAAACCUGAUCAACACUUGUCGGACAGAGGUAGAGAGAGAGCUGGUUAUUGCUGCAUUUGACGUACUAGCUUCACUCAUAAAAGAGCUGAAGGGUUUAGCCUUGGAAGGCACCGAACACAUGCAGUCAAUUGUGAACCUCAUAAAAGAUGCUUUCCAUAACAAGCUUGCAUGUCAGGACGAAGGCAGCGACGACGAAAAUGACGAUGAUAAGGAAGAAGCAGAGUUUGACGAGGUGCUGAUCGAAUCAGCGGGAGAUCUGGUGCCAGCACUUGCAAAGGCAGUGCCUCCAGAGAAAUUUGCCCCAUACUUGGCUGGCUUAUUACCACUCUUCCUCGCAAAGCUGAAAAAGCAAAGCAGCUCCUCAGAGAAGUCUUACGCUGUUGGCAUUUUGGCUGAAACUGUGGAAGGUUUGGGCAAGGCUGGAGUAGGUCCGUUCUGUCAGCCCCUCUUGCCUGUCUUCUUAAACUCAAUGAGGGACAAAGACGCUGAAGUUCGAAGCAACUCGGUAUUUGGCCUGGGAGUGCUUGCCGAAAAUGCUGGAGAUGUGCUCAAAACUCAAUACCCUGCAAUACUUGAGGCACUGUCUGCAAUGCUAUCUAGAGAGGACAACAGGAGAGCUAAAGACAACAUAUGUGGUGCUGUGGCAAGACUUAUUCUCACAAACAUUGGAGCAGUACCCAUGGCAGAGGUCUUUCCAGUGUUCCUUCAACAACUUCCUCUGGAGGAGGACACAGCAGAGAAUACAGCUGUGUUUAGAUGUUUGUCCUACGUGUAUGAAGUAGGACACGAGCAGUUUUUGACAAACCUACACCAAAUUUUACGCAUUGUUCUAGGAGUAAUUAAUACGGACAGUGUUACAGAAGAUACCCGUGCAGUGCUUGUUCAUCUUAUUAAGUCAAUGGGGGCUCAAAUUCCUCUUGAAGUCCAGGCGGUGCUGCAGUCCCUCACACCAGUGGAACAAGAACUUUUCAAUGCUGCCCUUACCAGCUCAUAACUGCACUACUUAGUAGUGGGAAUACAUGUUCCUUUUUGCAAGAGUUUCAAUUUGCACAGGUCUUGUGGUGAAUAAAUUCUUUAUUAGCUGUGUUGAAAAUGAUAAGGCACAAUAAAUUAAUCAUGGUAUUGUUAU